CCGCCUCUCCGUUACAGUGGAUCUCGUUUUCAUUUAGUUUGUUCCUCUUCACUCCCAGUACUUUGCUUGGUACGUCAGUGACUCUUUCUCGGUGUUGCCGGUAAUUAUAGCCACUUUAAUUGGAAAACCGCCGUAAGUAUCGCUGAGAUGGCUGCUGAUGCGUCCGAGCGAGAGGAUGAAGCUGGUGCAGAUAUUAUUGCUAGCGGCUGUAUCUUAGAGUCGUUUACAGAGAGCGGGGAGAUCCGUGAUCUGAUUGGCAGCCUGCGUGAUGUAUAUAAUGAGCAAGUGAGCAGGGAGGUAUGCAUUCAGAGGUUUAUAGUUAUAAUGGAUAAAUAUCAGGAGCAACCUCAUCUCUUGGAUUCACACUUAGAGUGGAUGUUGGAUUUGUUGCUGGAAAUUGUACGAGACAAGCAAGCACCGCCGUUCCUUAUCCACUUGGCUUUUAAAUUUCUUUAUAUCAUUUCCAAGGUUCGGGGAUUUAAGAUAUUUCUUCGUCUCUUUCCUCAUGAAGUUGCUGAUGUACAACCUGUGCUGGCAAUGAUUUCAUCCCAGAAUCCUGAAGAUCACGAGACGUGGGAGUCCCGCUAUAUGUUGCUCCUGUGGCUGUCCAUGACUUGCUUGAUACCGUUUGACCUGUCGCGGCUGGAUGGGAAUCUCUCUAGUGAUGCCGCACAGUGCCGCCGCUCCACAAUGGAUCAUAUCCUAGACAUCGCAAAGUCUUACUUGGUGGUGAGCGACAAGUCCCGAGAUGCUGCUGCUGUCCUUGUAUCAAAGUUCAUUACCCGCCCUGAUGUCAAACAGAAGCGAAUGGCUGAUUUUUUGGACUGGUCACUAACGACAUUAUCGAGUUCUAAAUACCUGACUAUGGAGGGGACAAUAGCCAUGGACGGGAUGCUGCAAGCCCUGGCUCAGCUCUUUAAACAUGGCAAAAGAGAGGAUUGUUUACCAUACGCCUCCGCGGUGCUUACCUCUCUAGAUAACUGUAAGCUGUCACAGUGCAACCAGACUGUUCUCCGCAAGCUGGGAAUCAAACUCGUCCAGAGGCUCGGACUCACAUUUCUUAAAACAAAAGUGGCAAAAUGGAGGUAUCAGCGUGGGUCAAGGUCUUUGGCAGCCAAUUUGAUGCAGCAGUCAUCUGAUAGACCAGACAUUAAGCUUUCUGCAGAAGAAGAGGAAGAGGAGUAUGAUAUUCCUGAGGAUAUAGAGAAUGUUGUAGAGCAGUUGCUGGUUGGCCUGAAGGACAAAGACACGAUUGUCAGAUGGUCGGCGGCUAAAGGGUUAGGCCGAUUAACUGGCCGGCUUCCCAAGGAAUUGGCUGACGAUGUGGUUGGGUCUGUACUCGAAUGCUUUAGUUUUCAGGAAACCAAUAACGCGUGGCACGGGGGGUGCUUGGCUCUGGCGGAGUUGGGAAGAAGAGGACUUUUGCUUCCUUCUCGUCUUCCUAAUGUGGUUCCUGUGAUCCUUAAGGCUCUAGUAUACGAUGAGAAACGUGGAGCUUGCAGCGUGGGGUCCAACGUCAGGGAUGCUGCUUGCUAUGUUUGUUGGGCUUUCGCUCGAGCUUAUGACCCAUUAGAAAUGAAGCCUUUUGUAAACCAGAUUUCAAGCGCUCUAGUGAUAGCUGCUGUUUUUGACCGGGAUGUCAACUGCAGACGAGCAGCCUCAGGUAGUUUUCAAGAAGGGAUUGGCAGAGAGGGAACUUUUCCACAUGGCAUAGACAUCUUAACAGCUGCUGACUAUUUUUCAGUUGGUAACAGGACAAACUGUUUUCUGAACAUAAGUGUAUUUAUUGCUGGAUUCCUAGAGUAUACAAAGCCAAUGAUUGACCAUUUAGUAGAUAUGAAGAUAAAUCAUUGGGACAGCGUGGUCCGGGAGCUGUCUACCAAAGCACUGCACAAUCUUACUCCUACUGCGCCCGAGUAUAUGACCAGUGUGGUGCUUCCCCGUCUGCUCCCUCUGGCUGUUGGAUCAGAUUUGCACACUCGACAUGGUGCCAUUCUAGCCUGUGCUGAGAUCACACACGCCUUGUCCAAGCUGGCAGCCCAGAGUGAUAAACCAGUUACUCACUAUCUGACCACAGGAACGUUAUCUGGAUUGACUGAGAUCCAUCAGAAGCUCCAGGAGCGACAGCUGUACAGGGGUUUGGGUGGCGAAUUAAUGAGACCUGCAGUUUGUUGUUUAAUAGAAAAGCUGUCGCUGUCUAAGAUUCCUCACCCUGUUGGAUCGGUGAUUGCUGGGUGGCAGUGGCUUAUAGAUGACAGUUUAAGAAAUCUUCACCUUAUCUCAAGUGCUGUUAAACAGAAAAUUAAGGAAGCUGCUGUGUCAGCGUUGUCUGCAGUGUGUAAUCAAUUCUACAAAUGCUCGGCAGAAGACGGCGAUCCUGUUGUGCAGGAUGACAUUGUGACGCAAUACAUCACAGAGCUACAGUCACCUGAAGAAAUGACUCGCUGCGGCUUCUCGCUUGCCCUGGGGGCUCUGCCGCGAUUUAUGUUGAAAGGCAAACUGCAGCAGGUUUUGGACGGCCUAAAGAAAGUGAGCAGUAUUUCUGGGAGAGACGUCAGCUUUGCGGAGUCCAGAAGAGACGCACUGAAGGCUGUCGCUCAGGUUUGCCAGACUGUAGGCGUGGAUGCUGAAGGAUCACAAACUGAAGCUCUAUGUAGAGAAAAUGUUCCUCUGAUUUAUAACACCCUCUUGGAUUGUAUGAACGACUACACCACAGAUAGCAGGGGAGAUGUUGGUGCCUGGGUUCGGGAAGCAGCGAUGACCAGCCUCAUGGAUGUCACAGUAUUAUUAGUAAAGAACCAACCAGAUUUGAUCAGUGCAGGCUGCUGCCAACGAAUGAUGUGUUCCGUGUCCCAGCAGUCAGCGGAAAAAAUUGAUCGGUUCCGAGCUCAUGCCGGAUCUGUAUUUCUUAAUCUUUUGUACUUUGAUAACCCACCAAUUCCACAUAUUCCACAUCGGGAAGAUCUGGAGAGGAUUAUUCCCAGGUCUCAGGGAGAAAUUAUAAACUGGAACGCUCCAUCUCAAGCAUUCCCAUGUAUCACCCAGCUUCUGGGAUUACCGUUGUACCGCUAUUAUGUGUUAAUGGGACUGGCUGUGUCUGUUGGGGGAUUAACAGAAUCAACAGUGCGAUAUUCUGCUCAGAGCCUGUUUGAAUAUCUACGUGGGAUCCAGACAGAUGAAACAUCUAUGAACUCUUUCUGCACAACACUCCUGCAAGUCUUCAGUGACAAUCAGCAUAAUGACAGAGUCUCCAUCCCUCUCCUGAAGAUGCUGGACCAGAUGUUGGCCAACGGCUGCUUUGACAUCUUUGCACAAGAAGAAAAUCACCCGUUUGCAUUGCAACUGCUCUCACGUUGUGUAGAAGAGAUCAGAAAGUCUAAAGAUGUCCAGAAGCUGCGUUCCAGCAUUGCUGUGUUCUGUGGGUUGAUCCAGUUUCCAGGUGAAGCUAGGAAGAAGGUUUUAUUUCAGCUGAUGCUGUUGGUUUGCCAUCCGUUCCCUAUAAUAAGGAAGACAACAGCAAGCCAGGUGUACGAGAUGCUCCUGACAUAUGACGACGUAUUGGACCCUGAUAUUGUGGAUGAAGUUUUGGCUGUACUUAGUGACACGAACUGGGACACCGAUUUACGGAUUGUGCGAGAGCAGAGGAACUAUCUGUGUGACUUGAUGAAAGUGCCCAAACCUACUCUUGUGUCCAAGGUUGCAAACACUAAUUAAAGGUGACACAAUCUCCAGCACUACUCCGCAUCUGUGGGAAGAAAUCAAUAACCCGUUUGCUGCCUGAAACACAACAGCAAUGUGCACUAAAUGUAGGACCUUGCAGAGACCAGCAGGGGUCAGCAUGCUAGCAUGAAAUAUUAUUUAGAAUUACUUGCCUUUAACUUGUCACCAGUCUGAAAUAAAUGUGUUUCUUGUA